AGAUACAAGGUCAUUGCUGUCAGUUUUUGAAAUAUAUUUUGAUUUUUGUACGAAAAUUUACGUGCGUAAAUUUAAUCAAAUGUUUUAUUCGAAAGAUCCCAACUAUUACAUCUGAUUAUGUAUAUGACAUCAAAGAUGUUAAGAGUAAUGGGGCAGACCCUAUCAGAGCCUGUGACAGAAAAGCAAUCAUCAACAUGUCAAGACACUCGGUUCUUGGUGGGCUCCUCCUGCAUGCAAGGAUGGAGGGUGUCCAUGGACGACUCGCACACUCACAUACUAUCUCUGCCUGAUGAUCCUGGCACGGCAUUCUUUGCAGUAUACGAUGGACAUGGCGGAUCAAAUAUAGCUGAAUAUGCUGGGAAACAUCUCCACAAGUUUAUCACAGCACGGCCAGAAUAUCACCUUGGCAAUAUAGAAGAGGCUUUAAAACAGGGUUUCCUAGACCUAGACCAGGCUAUGUUGGAGGAAGACAUGCUGCAGGAGAAGGUGGCCGGCAGCACGGCGGUGGUGGUGCUCAUUAAGGACAACACGCUGUAUUGCGCCAAUGUUGGUGAUUCGAGGGCCGUUGCCAGUGUUAGAGGCACGCGGAGUUUCAAAUGCCAGGUGGAGGUGCUGUCUUACGACCAUAAGCCUAACAACGAGGAAGAGUUGCGCAGGAUCACCGCCGGGGGAGGUUGGGUGCAGUUGAACCGAGUCAAUGGCAAUUUGGCACUUUCGCGAGCUCUUGGCGAUUAUGUAUUCAAAAGGAAUUAUAGGCUGUCGCCGCAAGAGCAGAUUGUUACAGCAUAUCCAGAUGUUCAAGUGAGGCAAUUGAACGAAGAUUGGGAGUUUAUUGUGAUAGCGUGUGAUGGUAUAUGGGAGGUGUUGUCUAACGAGGAGGUAGUGACAUUCUGCCGCGUGCGAUUGCUGAGCGGUUGGGAGCCGGCGGCGGUGUGCGAGGCGCUGAUGCAACGCUGCCUCGCGCCCAACUGCGCUACCGGCGGGCUUGGUUGCGACAACAUGACCGUGCUGCUCAUCUGCCUCGCGCCAUUCCCGGCCGCCGGCGCGCACUGUCCAUUUAAAUGCCUGGACACGUCUCGUCCGAGCAAGUAUUGGAGCCUGACUCCGUCGCGGCGGUUCUCUUAAUUCCAACACCGACCACUACAUCCAGACCCCCGAUGCACAAGCUUUAACGUUAUACCGUCUCUCUGCUGUGAUUAUUGUGUUCAGUGGUGUGGCUCGGCCGUUUUCAUUUUUUUAUUUCUGUUUGUCAAACGUCACUAUAGUUUCUUUUUAUGCAAAAAAGUUUUUUUUAAUGAUUUUUUGUUAAGAUUUUUUAUUUUAGCUUCUCUUGACCUUAUAACAUUAGUUUUUUUUUUAUUAUUGGAGGUUGGUGUUUCUUUAUAUUUAAUUAAUCGUGAUAAUUCUAUCGUGAUUACCAAAAUGUUUAUUUUAUUUUUAUUGUUUUUUUUGUUACUUAUUGCGUAUCGUACAGCAUAUAGGAUAUAAUAACAUAAAAAUGAAUAUGAAUAAAACUCCCGAGCCAGACCACGUUUGAUGUGGUAUGUGUGGUUUAUAAAAUUAUGAUAAAAUUUUUAUAAAUAGGAUUUUAAAAGAUACGGUAAAAGACUGACGUGUGCCAUGUACGCCGCAAGAUAUUCGAUUAGAGUUGUUUUUAUAUUUUAAUUCCCAAUUUUUUGUUACAUAGUAUUUUAAUUUAAAAAAAAAAAAGGAUUUUCUUUUUAUUACUUAUUUAAAAUUAAAAUUAUUAUUUGAUUGUACAAUUAUUAUGGUUUGUUCCUUUUAUAAACACAAUACUCGGAUUAGUCUAUUUUAUCAGUUAGUAGUCAACUAUAUUAUCCUGAUUCCAAUUCUUUGUGACUCGUGAGGAGGAUGAAAGCUUGCAGUGAGCAAUGGGUAAAUCUAUGUCUUUUUUGGGGUUAUUCCCAUAUAAAAAAUAUACUGUGCCGGGCAUAAAUUAUAAAUCUAUGUGAAGUAUUAUAAUUACCAAUUUUUAUAUAAUUUUAUCAUAUUUUUCAUUGUUUUUUCAAAUGGUACAAAUACUUAAAAAAUAGUUUUUUUUUGUCAUUCACCGAUGUACAUAUCAUGCUUAUUAUAUAUCAUGUUAAAACAUGGCACAUUUUAAUUAAUAAAAUAUUGUUUUUUUUUUAUUAUUUAAAUUACUGUUUGGUAGAGUUUGAUGUCUAGUUUUUGCUUGAAUAAGGCCUGAAAAUUGGAGAAUUUAGAUUUUUUUAGUCUUGUUCCAGCGGUCCUUAUUUGCGCAAGAUUAUAAAAAGUCAUCUAUAAGCAUUUCUUCUUUUACAUAUUUGCUAAUAAUGUUUUCGUUAAUUGCUGUUUAGUCACCUUUCUUAGUUCAAGUGGUUGAGGAGAGAGAGAGAGAGAUAAAAAACCGAUAUAGAUCAGUCACUAAAUAAAAAUGUUUAUUGGUAAGGAACAAUAUGUUUAUUAUUUUUAUUCUGUUGUAUGUGAGUUAGAAUAUAGCUAUCAGGUAUAGGAGUACAUACAUUUUCUCAUUUGUUAGGAUAACGACAAUAUUGCAUCCCUUAUGUGCUAUACUUUUAAAGGUACUGGGUGAUAUGUCAAAUUGGUUGACUAUUGCUCCGUCUAUUUAGUUUGGUUUGAUUUAAAUUGUAAUGUUACAUUUUCCUUUGCUAUUUAGGUUCUUGAAACAUCAAUAUCGCGCGAUUUUGGUAUCUGUUUGUCGCCAAAUUGUAGUUUUCAAUACUUUUACAUUUCUAAAUCGAUUGUAGAUACAACGAUUAUAAUUUUUUAGUUUUAAUUUCAUAAGUUUUUAUGUCCCUCGCGUUUUAUCCAAAUAUGUUUAGUUUUUUCCUGCAUUGAAAUUUUAGGUAGUAUGUAAUGUGUGUAGGUAACGGCAAUUUUUAUUUAAUGUGUCGCCAUUUUGUUGUUGUUAUGACCUAAAACUGCUAUCUGUCAAAUUUUAUUUUAAGGGUUAUUUCAAUAAAAAAAAAAAUUGCUUUUCCUUUAUUAUUCUGCAUUUUUGUAACGUAUACGCAUCGAUUAUGUUUGAAUAACCUUGUGAUAUUAUAAUGACAUUAUGCAUGUUUAUUUAAUGUUGCCAGCACAAAAUUGCAUGUUUUAUGUUAAGAAAAUUUUUAUAUUAUUUAUUUUGCAAUUUUAAUCUGCUGUCUAUGAUAUAGUAUUAUCUGUAUUUAAAACAUUAUAUCUAAAAAAUAUGUUUUAUUCGCAAAUAAUACGACAUUUUGCAUGUAAGAUAAGUUUUUGCAUAUUUGUGUUGUAUUGUAUGUAUAUUAUAUUUUAGAUAUUUUUUCGGAACACAUAACACUUUUUUCUAAACAUAGAUUACAAUCAAUGAUACGCGUAAUGAUUAUAAUAACUAUUGUGUACUAACUUUUCUCAUUAAUUAACAAAAUUAAUAUGUCUGUUGACCUAUAGGUAUCUGAAUAUUCGACAUGUAAACUUUUUGCUAUAUAUUUUUUGACGAUAAAAUCUUAUCAUAAUUUUUAUUGCGUCGAUAUGUUAUAGUCUAUUCCUACAAACGGUUUUAACCACUACCAUUGGAACCAUAGAGAAAAUAAACCAAUAGGAAUAAAGUUUACUUGACAUGCGUACAGAAUUGGGUUGUUCUGAUUGAUUUAUUGUUACUAUUAACGCUCAGUUAUCGGUUAAAACGGAAUCGGCCUAGUUAAUAUUAUAACUACCCCUUGCAUGCCUUGCUAAUGACUCGUUAUACGCCUUGUAGGUGUGGUCUAACUUAAAAAUUCUAUGUUUAAAAACACCGCUUUUUGGUUUUGUGUUGUUACACUGCGUUUGCUAAAUAAAUAUUUUGAAAAUAA